CCCCACCCCGCGAUCUGUGCCAAGCCGGAUCUACUUUUCGUGGCGGAGGGAAGUAGUUUGUCUCUCAGAGACAGCAAGUACAACAGCUGCGGGUGAUCACAACGACUAAGACGGCGGCGAGGGUGGCAACCGCGCCCGGGUUGCCCCGGACUGAGGCACGGCUUGGCCCCGGGGCUCCGGGGUAACCAGGUGCUUCCCUAUUUGUAUCUUCUGGGCAGCUGGUGUACAUUGCUUGCAACCAUGCGUUCCCUGGUAUUCCUGUGUGCCCGUCAAGUAAUCCAGGACCAGGUCUUUGCAUGCCAGGCCCUGGCAUUCCUGCCCCAGGAGCUGUAUGCAGCACUAUUCAAGGCAGCCUUCUUAGACAGAAAAACAUUGGUAUUGCAGAAGCUGGUACAGAUGUGGCCUUUCCCUCUCCUUAGUUUCCAGCAGCUACUGCGUGAAAAUUCAGAUUGCCGCCGGGUUCCACUACAGGAAAGACCAACAAAGGAGAGUGUACAGGCUGUGAUCUUGGGGCUUUCUGCACGACUAAGGGAGCCACCCCCCCGCAGGAAGCUGCAGUUGCAGCUGUUGGACAUGACAGGAAUUCUGGAUUCUGGCUAUGAGGAAGAUCUUACAACUAUGACCAUGUGGUCUCGCACUGUAUCAGUGAUCCAGACCUGUAUCAUGGGUCAGCUAAAUAAAUCUUUAAGACAGAGGCGUCGACGAGCCAAGCGCAAGAAGGCAGUACCACCCAUCUGUACUCCUACCCCUAUAGAAGUUCGAGUAGAUCUCCGGGUGACCCAUAGCUCCUAUGGGUUUCUAAAGGAUACAUUACAGACAAGUGCUUUUAGCCCUCUGCGCCUUUGCUGUCGAGAUUUCCGAGCUGAAGAACUCCCUCUGAAUAGCACUGUAGAUAUGUUGGAGUUACUGGAUCCUAUGCACUUGCGCCGAGUGGACCUGUGCUUCAAUAGCCUGGAGUUAUCUGGACUGUGUGAACUUAUGGCUUCUGUUGUGAAGUUCACCAACUUGUUGAGCCUGAAACUACAGUACAGCUAUGUGGACCUGUGGCAGCUCUCAACUGAGUCAGAAGGCAGCUUCCGUUUAUUUGUCUCUGAGCUUAAUAAGUUGAACCGCCUCAGAGAACUCAAUAUGGGCUCCUCUUGCCUUUCUGGUCGACUGUGCCAGCUGCUCAGUAGCCUACAAGGCCCCCUGGAGAGCCUGGAACUGGCCUUCUGCUAUCUCCUCCCCACAGAUUUAAGGUACUUGGCCCAAAGCCCACAUGCCACCCACCUUAAGAAGUUGGACCUCAGUGGCAACAACCUUUCAGGUGCUCUCCUGGGCCCCUUCCAGUCUGUGCUGAAAGCAGUCUCCACUUCCUUGAAGCUCCUGAAUGUGACUGAGUGUGAGCUCAUGGACACCCAUCUUAUUUCCACUUUACCAAGCCUAUGCCGCUGUGUCCACCUCCGCUACCUUAGUCUCUAUGGCAAUCCCCUCUCUACCUCUGGACUCAAAACCCUGCUGCUUCGAUCAGAAGUACUGCCUGAACUUCAGCUGGUGGUAUAUCCAUUUCCUGUGGACUGCUAUGAGAUUUUGCCUUGGCCACCUCCUGCUGCCAUUCUCCUGGAUGAGGAGAAGUUUGCCCAUGUUCAGGCUGAAUUACGGCAGAUGUUACUGUCAGCUGACCGAGCUAAUGUGCUGUGGACCACUGAUGUCUAUGGUCCUAACAUGCCCGAUUACUUUAGCUUAUAACUGGUGGGCUGCCUGCCAGGGAUGGAGAAGACCUCAUAGUCUUCCACUCUCCCUGACUUGAAAGGAAAUGCCUAGUAGCGCCUGUGUUGAUUAUUAAUGGGGCACACAAGGAGUCUUGAGGCCUUCUCUCCUGCUGCUUGUUGUCUUUAAAUACUAGAAAUUCUAGCUUGUCUAGCAGGGUAUGGAGCAAACUUUAGAGUUUGGGGGUGGGAGGGAUUGGGGAAAGUAUAUUUGUUGGAGUAAUACUUAUGAGAACCCAACAAGUUUAUGAAAACCCAGGAGGGUUAGGUUAUUUUCUGGUAUAUCUCUAAAGAGGGUCAGAGGGGCUAAUAGGGUCCUGUCAAAGACACCAGAUAAACUAGGCUAGGUGGUCAGAAAAGGUUGUCCUUACAUGUGUACCUGAUUUACUCUUAUUUAAUCCCAAUUUCUCUGUUUUAUGAGGCUUAUUCCUAUGUCUGCAUGACAUUCUGGGCUGCUUUAGACCAGAUGAGCAUUCAGUUCAGUUUUAUUAUGGUGCUCAGUUGAUGGUUGAGUGUACCAAGGAGACCUAUGAGUUUUCCCUGCCAGUAUAGAAUGAUGCUUUGGGUUUGGUUUCAGUCACUAAGGAUCUAAUAAGCCAUCCAGUGGGCUCAAUAUGCUUGCUUAGUUCUAAACUAUAGUGACAUUUUUUUGUUUGUGGAUAAAUGACUAAUAUAAGCAAGUAGCAUGAACUUGCUAGACUUUGGCCCUUAAAUUCAGUGAUUGAACAUUGGGAUGUUUUGGGGUAUUUGAAUUGAUCAUUCAGACUAUUGAGUCAUCACCCAGAGUAGAGGUCUCUCUAGAUCUUUGAUAUGCAGUAUUAUCUUUAGAUUGAGUGAGGUCUCUCUCUGUUUUUGAUGCCUUUUUGGUAUAUGCCUUCCUAUUGUAUCCUCCAGGUGAUUGUGUGGGAUCUGGAAAGUUCUCUAAAUGGGUUUCUUAUUGUCUUUUUCCAAGUUAUUGUCUGAGUUCCUGCUCAUUUUAGGAGAAAGUGUCAAAGUAGUGGCCCAUGUUUAAGCCCAUGCACCCCAUGGGGCAUAUCAUAGGAGUUAAAAGUGACUUCCCCUUCUUGGUUAAAGCUCCCUUUCAUUGUGUGCCCCCUUUUCAUUUAAGAAGGUGUCCAUUCUACCACAAUGGAAUAGGGGGCCACUAUAGUAAGGGUCAGGUUCUUUGGGGUUUUUUGUAUUCUUUGUGUAACUUCCUUCGACACAUUACAUACAACAACAUUACAUCUUUCCAAAUUUCAAAGCUUAAUUCCAAUAAAAUCCAAAUGAAUUUCUUAUUGUUUGGAUUUGAUUCUGCAGGCCCAGUAGUUUGGCAAUCAUUUGGUGCAGAUUCAGAUGGCUUUGCAAUAGAAGUACUCUCUUGGUUGCUAUAGGGAGUGUUCUAUUUCUUGAAGGAACAUAAUGCUUGACAAGUAAAAUAAGAUAAGACCUGCAUCUCCUGCUGUUCUUUCAAGGCUAUACUUGCUAUUGCUAUACAAUGACAUUUCUAUGUGUUGUAUACCCCUUGCCAAUUACAACAUAUUCCUUGGGUAAAAAUAAGUGAUGACAAUAAUAAUAAAAAAUCAGCUAGGAUUUUAUAUCCUGAAAAUAGUUCAGUGAUUAACAAUAAAAAAUAUUUCUACAUAUAUAUAUAUAUAUAUAUAUAUAUAUAUAUAUAUAUAUACACCUAUUCUUAUCUUAGCAUGGUUCACAAUUCAUGUAGUUCCUUUUUUAAUCUUAAAAGUCUAGUUUUUAACUCUAGACAAGUGAGAACUCUUGAAUGAUUUUAAAGCCAAAUAAAUCUCCAAGCUAUUAUUCUCCUAAGAUAACAGUGCACAAUCUACCUAAGUAGCAGAUCUAUCAAUUGGCAGAAUACUUCCUCAUACUUUAAACUCUCUUCUUGUGUACAAAACUAUUUUUCUACCUUUGGACACAUGUACACAUUUAAAAUUUACUAGUUCUUAAAUAAUAGAUUGCUUUUUCAAGGCCUUCAAAAUACUUGUUUGCCUGAAGAGGGGAGUCACAAAUAUGACUAUAUUUUGUUCCUAUGCACAGUUAUUUUUAAGAUUAUAUCUCUACUCAUAAUCUAUGGCUAGUAUGGUACAUGUAGUCCUGCCAUUGGUUCAUCUUUAAUAUUUGUAGAUGGCAUUGUUUUUCUGAUUUUAAAUAUCUUAAACUCUUUGAUGCCUAAUUUCAGAGAUACUGGCAUAGGUAAUUCUGUUAGAACUAAGAGCCUUUGUUGUCUGAGGACUAGACCUAGGCAGAGGUUCUUAACAUUUUUUGUGUCAUGGACCCUUUUGGCACUGAUGAAGCCAAUUGAUCCCUUUUCAGAAUAAUAUUAUGUUGUUGUUUUUAAUUUAAACUUUCAAAUUGAUACCAAGUAUUGAUAAAGGCUAGACACUAAGGUUAAGUGUCCUGCCCAGGAUCACACAACUAGGAAGUGUCUGAGGUUACAUUUGAACCCAGGACCUCAUAUCUCCAAGCUUGCCUUUCUAUCCACUGAGCCACCUAGGUGCUCCUGGAAUAAGGUUUUUAAAUGCAGAGUAAAAUACAUAGGAUUUCCAAGGAAACUAGUUAUAUUGAAAUACAGUUAAAAAAAAAUUUUUUUAAACAAGUUCAUGGACCCCAGGUUAAGAUCUAGGCUAAAGAGAACAACCUGCUCACACUAUGAUUUAGUUAUGGAGGGUAGUGGUAAAAAAAAUUAUCUGCCAUUGUAACCCAGGAAAUCCAUAUAUUCAGAUUUCAUUGUAGUUUUUCUCACCCAAGGGAUUUAUACCUUUUUGAUAGAUUCGAUUGAGUUAGACACAUACAUUAUUAUGGGUUAUUAUGGGAGCUUUGGUUUUUCUUAGAGAUCCACAUAGAAGGAAUUUUUUAUGCAAACAACAGCAUGGUCUUUAGCACCUACCUAUAAUUUUUAAAAGGUCUUCAGAAGAAUUUGACCCAAGCUUGCUAUUUGAAAGGGAAAAUCAACAGGAAAGAGAUAAGCCCUUCAUAUCUCUCUCGAAAUAUGCUAAACAAUGAAUUAGCUAGGAACAGGUUUAAAAAGUAUCUUUUGGACUAAGGGUCAAACAUAAAAUUUAGAGUUGGGAAUCUUAGAAAUUGUCUAGUCUAACCUCUGGUGUUAUGGAUGAGGAAAUUAAAACCCAGAGAAGUUGCAGAGCUAGAGUUCAAACCUUUAUUUUCUGAUUCUCAAUUUGUACUUUUCCUAUUAAGACUAUGCAGUCUGUUUUUCCUCUUAAGACAUAAUGGUGAUUUUAUCUCUUGGAUCGUGUAACUCUGGGGCCUUGAAAUGAGUAUGUAACUAUUAUGCAGCAUUAUUCCAUUGCCAGGGGCAUUGCAUAGAGUAUGGGAGGGUUAAUUAUACUCACUGGGUAAGAGGAUGCAAUCACCUGAGUCCUAGCGGCUGUAAAGGGUUUCUUAUAUAUAUAUGAAAGGGCUCCUAAGAAGUAAAUGGGCAUAAGGAGCUGCCUUCACUUCAUAGGGGAAGUGAGUGGGACUGGAUGUUAAUUUUCUGUCCUUUGGAACAUUUCCUAGAACAAUGAUGGCAAAUCUAUGGCAUGGGUACCAAAAGAUGGCACACAGAGCUUUCUCUGUGGGCAUGUGGCCGCACCCACCCCCCACCCAAGAGUUCCUUACCAGAAAGGCAGAGGUACUCAGGCAGAGCUGCUUCCCUCCCCCUUUCCAUCAUGGCUGAUAACAUUUUUUCACAUCCCUGCCCCUCUGCCCAGCAGCCAAUGGGAGCGCACAGAGGGUAAGGUGGGUAGCUCGCAGGUGGCAGAGCUGGAGGGGAGCAGAGUGCUGGGGCAACUCUCUUUCCCCCUCUCUACAGUCACUGAGGACAUUCCUCACUUGACCCACUCUUCCACCCAGCAGCCUAAUGAGAGUGCUUCCUCCCUCCCCUGUGUGGGGUAAGGAGUGGGGCAGGGUGCACCUGAUACAGGAUGGGCGGGGGAGGGGUAUAGCAUGUUGUCUUUGAGAGGAGAGGCAUAGCACUUGGGGCGGGGAGGGGAAUCGGGGCAGGGCCUGGCACUCCCAUCACUAAAGGUUGCCCUCACUGUCUUAAAAGAUGGUAGGGUGAAAAGUAGUAGUAUGGGGAUUCUGGCCUAGACCAAACCUAUUUUGAGAAAUGAAAAUGUUAAAAACAAACAUAACCAGAAUAUUUAAAUUAACCUGCAUAUAAAAAGGGAAAUGGUAGUAGUCGGUCAGGGCACAUUUUUUAGAAUUCUUCUGUAUGAAUAAUAUCAAAGCACCAAGAGCAUUAUGGAGGAAAUGUUAUGAAGACUGGAGCAGAACUCACUUGAUAAGUUGAUGGACAAGAAAGAUCAGAUAUACAUCUUUAAAGAAAUGAAAGACAAGGAUUUUUAAAAAGCUUAAAAAGAGAAAGGAAAUAUUCAAGAAGCUCUACUGAAUAGUUCUGGAUUUUUAGCAAUAAAGCAUAGGUUAAGAGGGGAUUACAUUUGGUGUUGGGAGUUUGAAGGAUAAUUCAAGAUCAAAGUCAAUAGAAGCCAAGUCUAGUACUUGGAAUGUGUAUUACCAAGAUUAAAAUAGGGCUAAAUGAAUCUUGAACUUUUUUUUGCUAAAGGGUUUCUAGGUUUUUAAUUGGGCUUUGCUUAACAGUAACAGAACAAAUUGAGUAUAGAAAAUUAACCUUGAGAUGGUUUUCACAGAGUUAAUUGAGAAAAUAUUCCCAUAUCUGAAAACAAAACCAACUUUAGAAAUUGAGAGAAUUCAUUUGCUCCUAUUUUAAGAAAAACCCUCACCAAAAAAAUCCAUGGCACAUAGAGAUGAAAUUCUCAAAUAAAGGAAGAUUUCUCUAGGCAGUAAAAGGAGUAUAUAUAUAUAUAUAUACACAUAUAUGUAUAUAUAGGGGGUAUUUCAGAUAUUUCAGUAAAGUCUAAAGUUAUAAUAAUUCAAAUUUUUAGUGCAUUAGCAAUAGCAUUAAUACUUGGCACAUCCUGUAUAAAGGAUUCCAGAUUCCAGAAACAACCUCUAAUUUUGUACCAAGAUAUAUGAGAUGAGAAAAUAGGCCCCGCAAACCUCAUAAAAUGAAAAGAUAUAAGGUAGGAUCUGAAGGUAGUAAAUCGAGUGCCAAAAAACAAAAUGUAUUUUUUGAAGUCAUUCAUACUGAAUGAACAUACUGAAGACCAUUCAAUAAUUAAGAAUUCAUUAUGAAAAGCUCACAUUUAUAUGGAUAUAUGAAAUGUGUUGGGGCAACAAAUUUAAAGGUAUAGCAUGUUCAACUAUUAAGGCCAAAGGGGUUCUUUAGGUUUGCUUAAUUGUAUUAGAAAAUAAGAUUUAAGUACAUAACAUUAGGGAAAUAAAAUCAAACAUUUAAGUAAUAUGAUGUUUGAUAUUAGAGUUUAAUUUUUAAAAGGGAGAUAUUAAUGAAUUAUUUGGGGAAUUUACGAAAUAACAGAAAAGAAUGGAAAGGGAAGAAGUGAAUAAAUCCCAAGACACAGCUCUAUAGUCUCCACUAGAAGGAGAAUAUCCAAUGUUAUAAAUGUACACAACUAGUUAAGAGUAAAAUAAAUAAUACAGUUUGGUUUAGACAGGUUUUAGGAAUGUUGUAAAAAACAGACUCCUGAUUAUGAAAGUCCUGCCUCCAAAAAAAUUAAUUCCUAAUUUUCAACCGAAAUAGAUUUUUUAAAGGAUAGAAGAUAUGCCAAGUAUUAUGACAGUAUGGAUAAACAGACUGAUUCUAUAAAUGUUCAAGUUAUAGCCUGGUUAAAAAUUAAGUGUCAAUAAUAUGUCUUUGUGAAACACUUAAAAAAUGAAAGCAAUAAUAGUAAUAACUCACAUUUCUAUAAUGUUUUAAGAUUAUAGGGCUCUACUUUCACAACAACCCCAUUUUACCGAUAAAAUACAUGGAAGCCAAGAGAGUUUAAGUAACUUGCCCCACAUCACAUAAGUAGUAAGUGUUCUGAUGCUUUUAUAUAUUUAUAAAUAGAGAUAUUUCUAUAAUCACUUUUACCUACCUCUGGCUAAUACUUGAACUCAUGCCUCCUGACUCCAAGACCAGUGUUUUUUUAAUGAUACCAUUGCCAUUUCAUAAAAAUCAGUAAUUUAGCUGCUAAUAUUAAAAAAAAAAAGACAGAGUUAACCAGUAGAGUAACAAAUUCAAUUUUUCUGAUUUAAAUUCCAUUUUGAGAUAGGGUAGGAAGUUAUAUGUAAAAUUUGUAAUGAAUAACAAAAUUGGAAUGCUAGUGAAUGGAUAUGCCUGAGUAAUAUACUUUGUAGAAGUAACAGCACUAUAAGAACAAAGAGCAAAUUAUUAUGGUGUUUCUCAUCAGAAUAUGACCCACCAAAUAAGAAGAGGCACAUGCUUAAACAAUGUAAAGAAAACAUUUUUGUGUACUCUUUAGAACUGGAUUUGUUAAUACCAUUUUAAAUUCACCACCUCAUUUUAUAGGUGGAACUGAGAAGACUAUAGAAGUUUAAAAUAUCAGAUCAUACUGUACAUAGCUAUAAUGUCAGAAAUUAAAUGGAAAAAAGACAAAUACAUAUUAAGUACCUAAAUUGACUCAGCUGGACAUAAAUAAGAUUGAAGGGAUCAAUUCUUGAGAAGAUACCUAGGGAUUAUAAAAGAAAUCUUUGCCCACUGACUUGCAUGUAGUUUUUUAAACCAACAAAGAAUAAUAAUACCCAUUACAAUUUUUUUUCUAAAUAUGUGUGUAUAUACUGCCUGGUUUUUUUUUUUAACAGGCUACAUGAAAUAGCUGAUAACCAGCCUCAGAACUAAGAAAACCUGUAUUCAAAUUGCUGCUUUUGACAUAUGAGGUAUUUUACUUUGGGCAGAUCAUUUCACUUCUCAGUGGUUUAGCCAACUUUCCAAGAUCGUGAAUUACAGAGAACAGGAGAAGUUUCUUUACCAGGGAAUUUCCUAUAUCAGUGAAAUACGAGAUCUAGUUCCUUAUCUCUAUAAUCUUAGCCUCAAAGAAAGAGAAAGAUAAUUUUAAAAGUUUCAACAUCAGAUUAUUCAGCAUGAUGAAAUAGGAUUUAUCCAAAGAAUGAAGAGUAUUCUUAAUAUAAAGGACAAGAGAUAUAUACUCAAAAGAGACAAUAUUUUAUACUUUUUAUAGGUUUCUUAAUAUUGAACUAGCCCAAUAUUCCUAGUGUAAAUCUCACCUGGUCAUAGUAUAUGAUCUUUAUGAUAUAUGUUGCUGUGGUCUCCAUGCUAUUAUUUUAUUUUUAAAAAAAAUUUAUUUUUGGUAAAUUCUUACCUUUGUCUUAAAAUCAAUACUGUAUGUUGGCCCCAAGGCAGAAGAGUGUAAGGGCUAAGCAAUAGGGGUUAAGUUAUUUGUUCAAGGUCACAUAGGUAGUGUCUGAAAUCAUAUUUGAAUCCAGGACCUCCCAUCUGUAGGCCUGAUUUUCAAUCUACUGAGCCACCCAGCUGCUCCUAUUUCAUUUAAAACUUUUGCACCACUGCUGAUUAAAAAAAAACCAAAACCCUAACUAUGGCAGAUGAUAGGUAAGGGCUAUACAAUUGGGGUAAGUGACUUGCUUAGGGUCAUACAGUUAGGAAGUGGCUGAGCCCAAAUUUGAACCUAGGACUUCCCAUCUCCAGUCCUGGCUUUCUAUCUACUAAACCAUCUAGGUGCCCCCAUCAGUAUUAUUCUUGAAAGAAUCAUUCCCAUCAAAAACUGGAGUUAAAUGUCCAUUAGACAUUACUGUGUGACAAAUUACUAGAAAAUUUAAAUUAAAAAAAUUACUAGAAAAACUAGCAAUUGAAAUAAAAUUGAAAAGGAAAUUAGAAAGAAAAAUAUUGCAAAAGAAGAGAUAUAUUACUGAAUGGUAUCAUACACUUAGAAAAAUUAAGAGAUUUUAUUAAUGGCCAAUUAGUAGAGCAAGUUAACAAGUUAUAUGGUAAGAUGUACAAAAAUUAUUUAUAUUAUGUGGCAGCAAUAGCAGAACAAUCAAUACACAUCCCAUUUAGAAUAGUGAAAAAUAUUUGGAUGUUUAUUAUGAUAAACACAUGAAAAUUUUAUAUAGGAAACUAAAGGAAUGACAAAGGAAGACUUGAAAAAUAGCAGGAAUCUUCCAUGUGUGGGGAGAUGGGGUGGUGUAUAGAAAGUGAUUUUAUUAAAACCUAAUUGAUUUGAAGAUUUGAUGUGAUAUGGCUAAUUUAUGUAGAGCUGAUUAGUGUGCUUUACUUGGAAAACAAGAGGGCAAGUAAAUACGACAGAUGUACUUGAGGCAUGGUGGGAAGGGAUUCACAGAGUCCUUGUAUGCAUUAAAAAGCAGUCCAAUAUUGUUAAAGUUUGUACUGUGCAAACAAAGUGAUAUGGAAUAUACAUAAAAGGUUAUCAAAGGAUAAACAUUAAUUUUAAUAGGAAAGGAGUAAUUCAAUAAUUGCUUGAGAAAAUAAUGAAUAUGGAAGAAAAUAACUGUAGAUUUUUAUCUCACAUGAUACACAGUGACAAACUUCAACUAGAUUGCAUUUUUAAUCUCAUUUUUAAAAGAAGUUGAAAAGAAAAUAAACAUACUUAUCCUAAAUGUGGAAGACAAAUUCUUGAUAUUAAGAUACAUUAUUUGAAAUAAUCUUGACUAUAUAAUCUUGACAGGCUUGACUAUAUAUAUAUGUAUAUAUAUUUACAUAUAUAUAUAUAUGCAAACAAAACAUGUUUAACAUAAAACUAAGAAGAGCAACAUCAAGAAACAUUUUCACCUUGGAUAUGUCAUGAAAGAGUAAUACCAAAUUCCUAAUGAGCAAAUGGCCAAAGAUAUGUACAGACAAUUUAUAAAACAGAAUUCCAAUAUAGUGAAUAUUUGAAAAAAAUGUAAAGUUACGAACUUACAGGUUGAAGAUAAAUAUAUAUGAUCAUUGUUCAAACGUUUGAAGGACAAUAGGUUAAGAAGAUUGUUCUUUGUGGUCCCAGACGGAUCAGGAGAAAUGGGUUGAAGUUGUAUAGAAAUGAUAUAUAUUUAAAUUUGAUAUAAGGAAAUACUUAACAAAUAGAACUAAUUUGUAGAAUGGACUCAUGGGAGGUAGUGUUUUCCAAUGUCAGAGGUCUUCAGAUUGGAUGGUCACAACUGGGCAUACAAAAAAAAGACUGUUUAGGUGUGGGUUGUACUAGAUACUCUCCAAAGUUCCUUCUGACAAGAUAAUACUAUAUCAUGUCCAUCAGUAUUGGGAAAACUUAAAAAUUAUAAAAACUCAAUGGUGGGAUGUGAGGAAAAAGUGCUACUGCUCUUACAAAUGUAUUAUUUUUUUCUGAAGAAUUGAUUGGUGGUGCCCAGCAAGAAUUACAAACUUGGCCACAAUCUGUGACCUAGUGAUCCUAAUACUAGAAAUAUACCCCCAAUGAAUAUCCCCAAUAACUUUAAAAGAAAACUUUGUUUAAAGAUAUAUUAUUUGUAAUAGUGGGAAAACUGGAAAUAGACUAAUUGUUAAACUAGUGAGGAAUGGAUGGAGGGAACUGGAAUUGAGAGAACAUGGCACACCAACACAAAGGUGAUUCUUGAUGCAAUGUAACAAAUACUAAAAAUAUGUGGACGUAGGAAAAGUACAAAGUGGAGUCAUGUAAUAUGAAAAAAAACAACUGAAGUGCCAUUUUUCUUAAAAAGUGUGUUUUGCAAGUGAAAUAACCACAUCCAUGGAAGUAAUAUAGUAUAUGUGCAAGUUAGUGUAGAUGUUAAUGUAGAGAAUUCUAAGGAUUAGAAGGAGAAAUGAAGUUAUUGAUAAGUUGCCAUUGCUAUUUGCAUGUUUAAAUAUACUUUUUGUUGUGAAAUUGAAUAGACACCAAAUAAAAUUUUUGAAAAAAAAAUCUUAUUCCUGAGCCAUUAAAGAGAACACUUUUAACCAUAUUUUUGGGUUUGUAGGUUCUAGGAUUAUGUAGAAACCAUGUCAAGGCUGAAUCUUGAACAUUCAGCAUUCCAAAAUUACCCCUUUAGUAAAGGGACCUAAUCCCAUUAGUGCCUAAGGAUCUGAAUGGAAAUAACAGAGAUUCUAUAGGUAAGGAGUUAUACUUUUACCCUUUGCUGUCUUCUCCAUUGAAGAUCUUUAGAUACUGACUAAACUAGGUGAUAGAGAACUCCCUUUUCAAUUUGAUGCCGAACCUUUGUCUACACUUCUCAUAGUGAUUUAACAUAUGGACACUCUGUUAGGAACACAACAGUUGAUUGCCAGUGGGGAGGGCUAUUCCAGGAUGAAUUGGUUAACCUUUAGGAGGAUGUGCUCUUUAGGAAGGAAAUUGUUCAACUUUGUCUUCCAGUAUGCUGUACUAAUGGAGAAAAAAUGUGACAUAAAUAGUGUCAUCCAAUGGGAACCGGUAGUUAUAUGCUGUCACAGAAUCAAAGAAGAGGUUUGUGAUAUAUAUAUGGGAAAAGUACAGAUAAAACUAAUACUUUACUGAAAAACCCAUCUUCCAAGCAAUAUGUUAAUACUAUAGCAUUUUAAGGUUUUCAAAGCUCUUUACAAAUAUUCUCAUUUAAUCCUUAGGUCCUGCUAUCUUCAUUUUACAGAUGGCAAAUGUAGAUACUGAGAGGCACUUUAUAUACGUAUUGCCCAGAAUUUUUCAAAUAUGAAUCCCUCCUCAAAGUUUGUUACAUUCUUCAAUCCACAUUGGUUUUAAUCUCUAGUCUAGUCAAAGGGUUAAACUUAUUGGAAAACUGGAGACUGUGUUGCAAGAGCCUGUUAUAAGGUUUUGCUUCCUGGGAGUGGGAGGGAAAUAUUAGGAAACAGGUAGCCAUUUCUUAAUUUAAAAAAAAUGAAAGGAGUUGGUGCCUAAGAAUGAGACCUCAGUUUUCCAGCCACAGGUUAAAACAGAAAUAACUGAAUACUGACCAGGAAUGAUGUGCCCCUAGUUGGUCUAGUAAAAUUAUACUUUAUGAGUAUUUUGCAAAUCUUACCAACAGGACUUUAAAUAAAAAUAAAGAGGUUGGGGGGAAAAGUUAUUCAUGUAUAUACUUCUGGCUUCUGUGGAUAAAGGUCUUGAGUAGAAUAAGAAGAAGGAAUUCAAGUAGGUGGUUUGGGGGCAAUUUAGACUAGUAAAGUAACAAUAAAUUUGAAGAGGAGAAAUUUGGGGAAAUGGAGAAAAAUGGAAAACUCUCUAGGACCAGAAUCUGGUCCAAACUUUACUUUGGGGUUAUAAGAGAAGCAACAUCAAGAACAUUUAAGGAGGAUAUAAAAGGUUCAAAUAAUGGUUAAGAAGACAACCUGAAAGAGAUGUACUCAAGAUAAAGAAAAAUGUUGUUGUCAAUGCAAGGUAAGUAAGAAAAGGCAAAUGGAACAAAUAGGGAAUUGGAGUAGGAUUAGAGGAUGGGGUGGAUUGGUGAGUAGGACAAAUUGUGAUAUGAAAAUCACAUUAAAAGACUUAUAUAUAUUAAUUUAAGGUCGCCAAGGAAUUCAGCUAUGUAAUUCCUAAAUGAAAACUCAAGUCAGCAGUCAACCUUUUAUGGAGUUUUCAAUUACUAACAGGAGGAAGAAAGGUAUUAGAGAGAGAAAGAGAAAGGGGAGAGAAGGGAAUAGGGCUUAAAUAACCCCUCUGCUUAGGCUGGGCCAAAGGCCCAAGGCCUUAGAUAGCUGAGGCAAAGAAAAGAGAUCAGUCCCUAUCACUCACGUGACCAAAA